GUCGCUGCUAAUCACCUUUUGUUUUCGUCCCACCUUUUCAAGCGUCGCUGCUUCCCCUCAUUUUUGCUGCGCAUCAUGGACGCGCGGGUUGAUUUCGACAUCAACGAGGCUAUCAAGGCCUACGACAAUGAUCCGCUGACUAUACAUACACCAGAGGCCCCUCAAGCGCUUCAAGACUGCGAAAAUGAACCAGAAGCACUGGCGUCGGCGGCGCUGAUCAACAGCGAACUCAAUCCUGUUGUCGAUGCUGUCGCUGAGAGCCCUGAUGCUAUCACUCGAAGUGCAUACUUUGAUACUUUACAGUUUCUCCUCAAGUACUCAGCGCAAAUUCCGCCUGCUACGCUGGGAAAAAUCCUUGAUUUGAUCGUUUCAGCAUUAUCAACGCAAGCCGAUCUCGCACACACUGAUAUAGAAGCCGAAGAACAAGAGGCGUUACCGCACCAUAAGCAGAUCCUGGAGAUGUAUGGCUUUCUCCUGCGAUGGACCAUAUCAGCUGUGGAAACGAGGGCGCUUGAGAAGUCGGCAUCAGCGCCGGCUGUACGAGGCCGCGGGAAAGCUGCGAAGUCGAAGACAGCCAAAGACGGGAGCUGGGAUGCGUCGGCACAACUAGAGGUGGCCCUGGACCGGAUGAGCAAGGUCCUGAAGCUGAAACUAGGGCGCGUGUUUGUUACAACCUCUGAGCGGGAUACCUUCAUGAGUUUAUUCACGAAGCCUGUGUACUACAUACUCGAGAACGAGGCAAGAGUGAAAAGCACAGUGAUCCGGAUGCACUGCUUCAGGGUACUGUGUAUCGCUGUCAAGCAUCAUGGACAUGCAUACACCGCUCAAACAUCGAUCAACCAAAGUUUGACCUACUUUGAGCAUCUUUCAGAGCCGAUGGCCGAGUUCCUACAGAUUCUUGCCGAGCAAUACGAUUACCCGCAGCUCACGGAAGAAGUACUUCGAGACGUCAGCAACAAGGAAUUCAGCGGCACAGACCAGAAGGGCCCCAAAUCGAUAUCGACAUUCUUAACGAAGAUCUCCGAGCUCCUCCCGCAUCUUGUCAUCAAGCAGAUGACCCUCCUUGCGAACCUUUUGGAUAGCGAAUCAUACACUCUCCGCUGUGCUAUGAUCGAUGUUUGCGGCAAUCUGAUUGCUAUGCUGAGCAAGCAGGACGGAGAUGAGCGGAGUGAAAACCAUAAGACGCAAAUUCGUAUCUUUUUCGACGUCCUCGAGGAACGAUUUUUGGACAUCAAUCCUUAUUGCCGUUGCCGUGUUAUACAGGUAUAUGUCAGGCUUUGCGAUCUUGAGCAAAAGUUUCCCAAGCGUCGACAAAAGGCGGCGGAACUGGCAGCACGGAGUCUGGAAGACAAAAGCAGCAACGUCCGUCGGAAUGCCAUCAAACUUCUGGGAAAGCUCGUUGCUACGCAUCCCUUCACCGCCCUGCACGGCGGAUUACUCUCCACGAAAGAAUGGGCUGCGCGCCUGGAGGACUGUGAAGCUCAAAUCAACGCGUUGAAACCUCCGGAAGAGUUGAGGGAGAAGCCGGCUCCUGGCGAGCAGACAGUGGACGAGACACUAUUGCAAGAUGCUACGCGGGCGGAAAACGAGGAGCCAGAGGAACCGAAACAUCCCAACGAAAUGUCUGAAGAAGAGAAGGAAGCCGCGGUGAAAAAGGUUCAAGAAGAGGCUGCGACCGCACAGAUGAUGGACAUGCUUCAGAAAACCCGAAAAUAUUAUCUGGAGGCUCUAAGGUUUAUCGAAAUCGUGGACGAAUCAGCCGAGAUCGUUACACAGCUGUUGUCCUCCAAGAACAAGAGCGAAGUUAUUGAAGCCAUGGAUUUCUUCGUCAUCAUCGAUGCGUACAAGAUUCCAAACUCACGAAGUGGCAUUCGUAGAAUGCUGCGUCUCAUCUGGACCAAGGGUAACAGCGAUGAGGGCAAGGGUAUUCAGACUCACCUCAUUGAGUGCUACAAGGGACUUUUCUUCGACGCACCCCCUAACUACGACGCAAACGAUUCUGCCAACUACAUUGCCAAGAAUAUGAUUAGUUUGACGUUUGGCACGACACCAGCCGAGCUUACAUCGCUCGAACAGCUGUUGAGUACCAUGACGAAACAAGGCUUAGUGAAUGAUUUGGUUGUACAGAAGCUAUGGCAAGUCUAUGGUUUCCAGAAGAAGGAGAUCUCGAAGAGCCAGCGGCGCGGAGCCAUCAUUGUCCUGGGCAUGCUUGCUCUCGCACAGCCAAACAUUAUUGUACAAGAGAUGGAAACGUGCCUGCGCAUUGGCCUAGGAGAGCUUGGCCGACGAGAUUUCGGUCUGGCCCGCUACACCUGUAUUGCGCUCCGUCGAAUCAGCCCCCCGCCGGGCAAGCAAGCUGGAAACGUAGCCCCUGCUCAAGUUGUAAAACUUCCCAACGAUCAUGCAAUCUUGGUCAAAUUGGCUGCCAUGUGCGAAAUCGUCUCCGAUAGCAAAGAAUGGUACGGUGUUGCAGAACAAGCCAUCAGCGCCAUCUACGUCCUGUCGAAACACCCUGAUGUACUCUGCUCAGAGGUGUUGAGAAGGAAAACCAAGCAUGUUUUCGCCCCACAAGCGUCGUCACGGCCGACAUCCAGCGGAUCAGGUGCAGAGGACCUAGAUCAGAAACCGGCUCUCGAAGAAGAAGCCGUAGCCACCCCUCCUGUCGACACGCAGGCCCCGAGAAAACAGAACCCUGCGCUUGCCCUCUCACAAUUGUUGUUUAUUGUCGGGCAUGUCGCCAUCAAACAAAUAGUUCACUUGGAACUUUGUGAACUCGAGUUCAAGAGGCGGAAAGCUGAAAAGGAAAAGAACGCUCCUCCGGCGCCACGCAAAUCACUCGCAUCCGAGAAUCCAACACCCGUAAAGAAAGGCCGCAAGAAGUCUGCGAAAGAAAAGACCCCAGCUCCCGAGGAGGAAGUUGAUGAGCUUGACUUGAUGGCUGGAACCACGGAGGAUGAUUUUACAGACGCAAUAGCCCAAAUCCGUGAGCGUGAACUUCUCUACGGACCGCAAUCACUUCUGUCGAAUUUCGGACCCUUAGUGGCCGAUAUAUGUGCAAACAACACCUCAUAUAACCAUCCCACGUUGCAAGCUCAAGCAGCCCUCUGUUUAGCAAAGCUUAUGUGCGUGAGCUCGGAAUACUGUGAGGGGAACCUAGGCCUGCUCCUCACAAUUCUAGAGCGAAGCAAAGAUGCUGUCGUUCGGAGCAAUCUUGUCGUUGCUCUUGGUGAUAUGGCAGUUUGCUUCAACCAUCUCAUCGAUGAGAACACCGAUUUCCUUUACCGACGUCUCAACGAUGGUGAUCCAAGUGUCAAGCGCACAUGCUUAAUGACUCUGACUUUCUUGAUCCUAGCAGGCCAGGUCAAGGUGAAAGGACAGUUGGGUGAGAUGGCCAAAUGCUUGGAAGAUAGCGAUAGAAAGAUCGCGGAUAUGGCACGCAUGUUCUUCACCGAACUCGCAACCAAGGAUAACGCCGUGUACAACCAGUUUGUCGACAUGUUCAGCGUGUUGAGUGCUGACUCGGCUCUGGAUGCUGAAGCGUUCAAGAGGAUCAUCAAGUUUUUGGCUGGUUUCAUCGAAAAGGACAAGCACGCGAAACAGUUAUCGAAUAAGCUUGCUGCCAGGCUACCAAGAGCCGAGAACGAGAGAGCAUGGAACGACGUGGCUUUCACGCUUAACCAACUACAACAUAAGGAUGAGGAGAUUCAGAAAUUGGUUGCAGAUGGCUUCAAGGUUGUGCAGGCUACGGCGUAA